GCCUGUGCCCCGGGGGCCCCGUCCUACCAGGGCCGUUGUCCGCCGGGAGACUGAACCUGGACGCCGCGUGUUCCUAAGGAUGGAAGCGGGGUUUCUUUGCCAGACUCCUUGCUGCUGAGAGUCAUGAGCCUGCACGGCUGGAGGAAGAGCCUGCACUUGAUGACGGGCCGUCACCGGUGUAGCAACCACACAGAGGGCCAGAGCGCGUGAAAGGGGGACGUGUUUCCAUUUAGACUCUGCAAGGAAGGUGCUGCAGUCGGCAACUCCUGCGGCGUUACUUUUCCACCAUGAACCGCUACACGACCAUGCGGCAGCUGGGGGACGGCACCUACGGCAGCGUACUCAUGGGCAAGAGUAACGAGUCCGGGGAGCUGGUGGCCAUCAAGAGGAUGAAGAGAAAGUUCUAUUCCUGGGAUGAAUGUAUGAAUUUAAGAGAAGUUAAGUCUCUGAAGAAACUUAAUCAUGUCAACGUGAUUAAACUGAAAGAAGUCAUCAGAGAAAAUAACCAUCUUUAUUUUAUAUUUGAGUAUAUGAAAGAAAAUCUCUAUCAGUUAAUGAAACACAGAAACAAACUGUUCCCGGAGUCAGUCAUCAGAAACAUUAUGUGUCAAAUAUUGCAAGGGCUGGCAUUUAUCCAUAAACAUGGCUUUUUUCACAGGGACAUGAAACCAGAAAACUUGCUUUGCAUGGGUCCAGAACUGGUGAAAAUUGCAGAUUUUGGACUUGCAAGAGAAUUGAGAUCACAGCCCCCAUAUACUGAUUAUGUAUCUACCAGGUGGUACCGUGCUCCUGAAGUUUUACUAAGAUCUUCAGUAUACAGUUCUCCCAUUGACGUGUGGGCCGUGGGGAGCAUAAUGGCGGAACUGUACACAUUAAGACCGCUUUUCCCGGGGACAAGUGAGGUUGAUGAAAUCUUUAAAAUCUGCCAAGUUUUAGGGACGCCCAAGAAAAGUGACUGGCCCGAAGGGUACCAGCUCGCGUCCUCCAUGAACUUCCGAUUUCCCCAGUGUGUUCCCAUCAAUUUAAAAACUCUUGUUCCCAACGCCAGUAAUGAAGCCAUUCAUCUGAUGGCCGAAAUGUUGAACUGGGAUCCAAAGAAACGACCAACAGCAAGCCAGGCACUGAAACACCCGUACUUCCAAGUAGGCCAGGUGUUAGGCCCCUCCUCACAUCAUCUGGAGUCCAAGCAGACUUUCAAUAAGCAGCUGCAGUCCCUGGAAUCGAAGCCGUCUUCUGCUGAACUAGAGCCUAAGACUCUGCCAGAUGUCAUGGACCAGAUUGUGGGCCCAGCCCAGCCCAGUCAUGGCCACCAGCCUCUGCAGUCCAUCCAGCUGGUGCAGAGUGUGGGCGGCCCACCGCCCCCCAAGCAACAGAGCCAGCAGAAACCACCCCAGACGCUGUUCCCAAGCCUCAGCAGACAUGGGCCGGCUAAGCCAAUGGGCACACUGGGCCAUAAAACUGCGAGGAGGCGCUGGGGCCAGGCUGUCUUCAGAUCUGGAGACAGCUGGGAGGAGUUUGAGGACAGUGACUUCGGAGCCUCCCAUUCCAAGAAGCCAAGCAUUGGUGUUUUCAAAGAAAAGAGGCUUCCAGAGUCGGGACUCCUAGGUGCCAACCCCCCGGCCAGGGAAAACAAGAGUGUGCCUACUGCUGUUUCUCUCAAAUCUGAUUCUGAAUUGUCAUCUUUGCCGGCAUCUAAACAGUACUACUUGGAACAGUCAGGAUACCUUCCAGGUGUAAAUCCCAAGCAUGUGUCCCUCAGAGCCAGCGGAAAGGACAUAAACUCAUAUGCUUGGAAUAAUCAGCUGUUUCCUAAGUCACUGGGACCCACGGGAGCAGAAGUUACUUUCAAAAGUAAUAAUGCAGAAGAAAGCAUAAUAAAACCAAUUGAAAAACUAUCAUGCAAUGAAAGUUUCCCUGAAAUAUUAAAGGACCCACAAGGAAAUCUUGGAAGUUACACCACAUACAGUCGGUCGGGAUACAUCCCUUCUGUUCUCAAAAAAGAAGUUGGCUCAGCUGGCCAGAGGAUCCACUUAGCACCUCUCAGAGCGACGGCUUCAGAAUACACCUGGAGCACAAAACCUGGUCGGGGACAGUUUUCGGGACCUGCCUACAGCCCGACCACAAAGCAGCUCCCCAUCAUGACGGGGACUCAGCCGGUGCCCUCGGUGCACGGGAGAACGGACUGGGCAGCCAAGUACGGAGGCCACCGGUAGGGCAGGGCCUCCAGAGUGCACACUGGGCCCCUGACCCUGGCUGUCCACAGCGGUCCAUGUCCACUGAGUUCCAGAAGGAUCCAAUUCCGCAGCAGUGGAUGCUCGGAGCACAGAUCGCCUCCUAUUCUCUUUCUUCCCUAGAAGUGAAACACAUUUUCUCAGCACUGUGGCUGGCAGUGCUGAUAAAUGGGUAGGACUUUACAAAGUAUUGAAUAAACUAUUUGCCAAAGUAUCGAGUAUUGGAUGGGCGAGUUAAUAGAUAGUAGGUACAAUAAGAAGACAGUAAGUGUCGAGGGUUUGGUCUCCAUUCCUGUCACCCUGGCCCAAGCAGUUGUUUCCUCGCUGUGCAGUGAUUGGCCGGGGGUUGCUGUCUUCUGUGCAGUUUUUCUGUAGCUGCAGAGGCCCCAUGUGGGCUGAAGCUAGGCUCCCCCACUCGGCAAUGCCAGUGAGACCGUUACUCUAUCAUUUAUUUUUCUACUUUAAGACUAUGGGAUCAGUGGCAACUCUAAUCUACAGAAGAUCAUCUUUCUUGGAAAUAAAUUUAUUUGUAACAUAGAUGAGAACAAAAUUACACCACCAGGUUUUAGGCGGCUGUGAAUCCAGUGACUGUGAAACCAGUGGCUGGACAGCUUCCUGCUAAGCGGUCACACAGGUGGGAAUGCUCUGGAGCCUGAGUUGGGCCGCGUUCACCGCACUCUGAAAACACUUUGCAUCCAUGUUCCCGCCACACACCAAGUGACAAAGUCCACAUGAGCAAGCUGCACCCCAGAGCAAACCCUGCUGCUGCGGGCUCCAACCUUCACUUCCACUCCCAGAGCACAGGCCCUCCGCUGCCUCAGCAAUGGGUUUAAACAUUUUUAGCACAUCGUGUUUCUUAGUUUGACUCCUACAUUUGUACUUAAAAUAGAGAUUUGGAACAAAGGACUAUUCUGUCUUUAUGGACUGGGCCUUAUUUAGUACUGUAUAUUCUUUCAAAAGAAUAGUAGUACUGUCAACUGUGAUGCUUUUAUGCAUUUUGUGACUUAGAAACAAACGCUAAUGUGAUCGAUAUCAUCUUGCGCGCAUUUAUCCACAGGCACACCAUAAAAUAAUUCUAUGAUAUUCCCUGUGCACAGCAGAUUCAGCUGUUCGGAGAUCACAUGUUGAAAAUCUGAAGAGUAAUUUAUCCUCACAGGUAUAGGU